AUGAAGAUGAUGAAGAAUGUUGCAAUUGCAACAGAGAGAUCUAGUUCUGAUCUUGACCGUUCUGUGUGUGCUGCACUUAAGGCCGCUAAUGCAAACAGCAUCGAUGGCGAUGAGAGAUGCUUCGAUAUCCUCCGUUACUUGAAGAGCUUGAAUCUCUCUGUCAAAGAUCUUUGCAACUCCAAAGAGAUAAUUCUUUUGGAGAGUCUGAGAAAACAUGAAAACCCUAAGCUUCGAAUGGGUGUUGACGUCUUGUUCAAGUCCUGGUUUAAAACUCUUUAUUGGAGCGGAAGAGACCUUCCUUCUUCUACUUGCAGCAAAGAUGUUCCCUUGAGUCUGAAGAAACCAAAGACUGGGUUUUUGAGGUUGAAGAAGAAUAAAGAUGAGAAAUCUCAGGCAGAUGAUGUUCGCAAGGCGAAGAAGCAAUCAGCUCUACCGGUGAAACUUUCUAAAAACCCUAAAUCUGAGGCUCAUGAAGCAGAAGAGAUUAAGAAAAUUUUGAAGAAGCCUGACCUUUGCAAGUCUGUUUCAACAACAUCAAGGCCUCUCCCGAUGAAAAAGCAGCCGCCUCUGAAAGUUUCUGGCAACCCUAAAUAUUGUCCAGCCGUGAAGAGGAACGAAACAUAGAUGUUGGAGCUAUUUGAAAUAGCGAAGAAAUCAGCAGAUGUGGCCAACGCAAAGGGACUUCUCGCGGCUAAAGCAGAGACAUCAAUCUGUGUAGAUACUCUCUCUUUGCUCAUCGGGUUCCCCAUCAGCUCUACAGCUCCUGAAACAAGGCGGAUCAUGGAGAGGCUUGCAUGUCUCACAAAGCACAAAGACCGCAAAAUCUGCAAUUCUGCAUCAGCACUUCUUCACCAUUGGAGGCAGAGCAUCAGAGAUGAACAACUCAAAGAUGCACGUAGAACUCAUGGAUACUAG